ACAUCACUCAUAGAAUCGUUCUUGACCAUAUAAGCUCGUCUGCGUGUCUCUACAGCAUUCUGAAGCUAAUUCAGCGUUCUUCCAUUCUUUGUGAACAUUUGAGGCUUGUCCAGUCAAGAUGAGUGGUGUUGUGAUAAAAAACAUGUCCUUCAAGGUGGGCCAAACCCUAACUCUCACAGGUGUCCCCAACUCUGAUGCAGCACAUUUUGUUAUCAACGUGGGAAACAGCGAGAAUGACAUCGCCCUGCAUGUGAACCCUCGUUUCGCCGCCCAUGGAGAUACCCGGGUAGUGGUGUGUAACUCAUACCAAGGAGGCAACUGGUGUGAGGAGCAGAGAGAGGGAGGCUUCCCCUUCAACCAGGGGGAAGAGUUUAAGAUUAAUAUAACUUUUACAAAGGAGCAGUUCCUUGUGGCUCUUCCUGAUGGCUCUGAGAUCCACUUCCCUAAUCGCCAAGGAGAUGAAAAGUAUAAAUACUUCAACUUUGAUAGUGACGUCAGGAUUACAGGCAUUGAGAUCAAGUAGACCAAACAGAGUGAAGCUGAAUCCCGUGUUACGCUGAAACCUGUGUUACAUUUUUGAUCUUCAGCUUUCUUAUUCGGCUACUUAUUUGGCUUAUUUGCUUUCCAUGUGUGUGUGUAUACAUAUAUAUAUAUAUAUAUAUAUGUAUAUAUGUAUAUGUGUGUGCAUACAUACAUUUAUAACCAGAAACACGCACACACAGUCAAUUAGAAGAUUUUGUCUGAUUUUAACUUUGCAGUUUUAAACUUUUAAUAGUGGCUUCAUUAUGGAUGGAGACAGCAAAGCAAAGUUUAAAUUCAGUUAUUUAGAAAUACUAUGCAGAUGUGGACUAUGUUAUAUCAGUUCAAAUCAGGGCUGAAUGCAACAUAACAUUGAGAAUACAUUUAUCAGCAGCAGAUCAGUACACAAAGAAAAUUAUGGGGACUGGCUAUAACUAGCCUUCUCCCUAAAGCUUCUAGAUCAUUUUUGAAUAUGGUUCUUCUCUAAAGGUUGAAUAAAAAAGAUAUCUGCCGCCACUCUUGAUGGUUUUAAAUGGACAUCUCACAAUUACUUAGUAAAAUGUAUGAAAAUGUCUGAAAAUCAUUCCAAAAUGUGUUGUUCGUGGUUUAUUCUUUAAAAAAUAUUGUUUAUGCAGCACCACUUCAGAUUGCAUCUGUGUAAAAAACGUGUUUGAUUUUAAUCCAUAAGGUAACAUUUCAUCUGUGCAUCUGUCAAUGUUAGACAUGUUUCUGCAUUAUAGCAUGUGGGUUGGCCUAGAAAUGUUCAGACAGUUCAUUACCAGCACAUGAUGUUAUGCUAUGAUUGAUCAAUGUAAGUUAAUAAAUAAAGGCAUAUUAAAUCGGU